AUGUCUAACUUCAAGCUAACCUUCCGUGCCCCAGGCCAGCAGGCCGACGCGCCAGAGCCAUACCCCCACCAGCAACAGCAGCCGCCUGACAGCCGAGAAGACCACUCGCCCACGAGGACCUCCGCCGACUUCUUCAACCCCGCCCUCCACGAGAUCAAAAAGAUCGCGCCGACGACCCGACCCGCCCACGCUGCUCUUCGCCGGCCCUCCGAGCCUUUCAUCCCUACUACCGCGAAGCGCGCCGCCAACUCGGCUCCCGUGCCCCCCAGAGGUGCUACCGCCGCCUAUCAGGCGCAUCAUGCACGCAGCCUGAGCCUCCAGCAUAGCCUGUCGAAGCCGCUUCCCGAGCCGCCGCCGCCGGAGCUCUCGCCUACCAGUCCGCUGAGUCCCCUGGCGCCGGCUAUCCAGCAAGUCGGGUUGGGGAGUAUUGAGGAGAGUAUCACGACUACCAAAGAGGAGAAUAACAGCAACUCCAAUUACAGCAGUAAAAGUAACCGCGCGCAGGCAAUGGAUUCCCACGACAUGAGCAGUGGAGGAUUGUACACGAGAGGACAGAUGGCACAGAUGGCAGCCCACGGUCACGAUAUGAACAGCCAGGCUGGCCUAGCCAGCUCAUCGAGACAGGACGGCCAGGAUCAGAAGAGUAAUACGUCGCCGAAUAUGGGCCAAGCGAGGGGUCAGCCUGCUGCUAAUGUAGUUGGUACCGCGGGGCCGUCAACCCCGUCUGCGCACUUGGCAGGUCUGAUGUGCAAUGUGCAUCGCACGACGGGCAGAGAACCGCCGCCGUUGGUGGGUGCUACAACUACGAUUGUGGGGGAUAAGCUAUAUGUCUUUGGCGGCAGGCUAUUGGGGUCUAGAUCUCGGCCUUCUCCGGGGUCUCUGAGUUCGGAUAUGUAUGAGUUGGAUCUGAUCCGGAGACAUUGGACGAAGCUGGAGUGCACCGGGGAUAUUCCACCACCAAGGUACUUCCACUCGAUGUGCGCUCUGGGAGAUACCAAGAUGGUUUGCUACGGAGGCAUGUCCGCGGGCCCGGCGAUACAGCAGAGUUUGCCGCCGGAGCAGCAGUCUGAUACGGUUGUCGUAUCGGACGUUUAUAUUUUUGACAUCCCGACUAGGAAGUGGACUUACAUCCAUGCGGAAGAUCCGCCCCAGGGACGAUAUGCCCACUGCGCAUGUAUUCUGCCCUCGUCGGCUGUAUUUGCCUCUCAUCGGGCGCCGCUUUCUGCUCUACAGCAUAACCCCUCGACUGGUGCCCCAAAUACUGGGCAGCUUGGGGUGUAUAUUGACGGCACCGGCGGCGCGGAAAUGAUUAUCGUCGGCGGCCAGGACGCUUCGAACCACUACAUCGAGGAGAUCAGCGUAUUCAACCUGCGCAGUCUGAAGUGGGUCUCCACACAGCCCCUCGGCAAGAGCUGUGGUGCCUACCGCAGCGUCGUGGCUGCCCUUCCGCCGUACGUUACCGCCAAGCUGGGCAAGACAUACGCCCACGGUCCGCAGAGGGAUAACGGGCCUAUUAGUGCCGAGGCCAGGGAAGGGGGUUCCAGUAUGCUGAUUUACAGCAACUACAACUUCUUGGAUGUCAAGCUGGAAUUGCAGAUCCGUGGACCGGACGGAACGCUCACAGAACGGUCAAUGAGCGGAACGUACAGUCCCCCGGGUCUGAGGUUUCCCAACGGCGGGGUGAUCGACACUCACUUUGUAGUCAGCGGGACGUAUUUGACAUCCUCCAAGCAAGAAUAUGCCCUCUGGGCGUUGGACCUGCGCACCAUGACAUGGAGUCGCAUCGACGCUGGGAAUGCAGUGUUUAGUCAGGGCAGCUGGAACCGCGGUGUAUUGUGGAACAGAAGAAACACGUUUGUUGUAUUGGGUAAUCGCAAGAGGAGUUUGGUAGACGACUACAACCACCGCCGGAUCAACUUCACGAAUGUCUGCAUGGUCGAGCUAGAGGCGUUUGGGUUCUACGACAACCCCCGCAAGACGAGUCCCAUGAGCGGGUUCAUCAGCGCCAGUAGUCCGUAUAUCGGUCCAGGACUGCCGUUGGCGAGAAAGGCGGGGUCCACGGCGGGUGGUAGAAAUCACAAUCGUGCCGCAGAGGAGUUAGGCGAGAAGGCGCUGGCAAUGCGUGAGUUGGCCGAUAUGGAUAUCUUGUGUAUUGGGGGCGAACGGAUCCCAAUUAACUCGAGGAUUGUGGCAAGGAGAUGGGGGCCGUAUUUUGUGCAGCUGCUGAGGGAAGGGACCGCGGCGCAGGAAGGGAGUGAUGCCGCGACGUUGAGGUCUAAUUCGGUAUCUGUAGGCGCUGGGAGUGCUGCCAUUAGGGGGUCGAAUGCGACGAUUACGCCGUCGCUCGGAGGAUCGACGCUCUACUCGACGGGAAGCAGCUCUAAGGCACCCAGCACGGCUGGAUCGAUCAUCUCUGGCGCGAAUGCGGCUGCUGCUUCUGCGGCAGGCCAGAUCGACCCAGCGGCGAUCAAUACCGCGCCAACGCCCCGGACGUUGCCGCCCAACAGUCGUCCCAGGUGUCUCUACCUCCCGCAUACCUACCUCACUGUGCAGGCGAUGCUGCACUUCCUUUACACGUCGUCACUCCCGCCCCCCUCAUCACCGUUGUGCACUCCCCAGAUAUUGUGCUCCCUACUACAGAUCGCUCGUCCAUACCGCAUCGACGGGUUGUUGGAAGCCGUCGUGGAGCGCUUACACGGCCUCCUAGACAGCCGCAACGCAGCUGCCGUCUUCAAUGCCACAGCCAUGGCUGCCGGCGGAGGCAGGGGCAUCGACGGCACCCUGAACCCCAACUACCAUCCCGGCCAGUUACAAGCCGUCGUUGCUGCCGCGCAAGCAGCCGCCGGUGGCAUCGACAGUACAUCUGGCGAUCCGCCUGCGGGCGGCAGCCCCACAGUCCCAACAUCUACCGAGCCUCCUCCCACAACCGACUCCUCCGGUACAAGCCUCAAGAUCACGACAUCUAUCUCGGCCCAACCAGACACGAAUGACCCCCUCUCCGCAACAUCCACCUCCGCAACCUCGGUCUCUGGCUCAGAAUGGGAGGACAAUACGGAGCACCCUUCUCACUCACGAGACGGGAAAGAGGCGAAAGAGAAGGAGCAGAUCUGGAGCGGGGAGUUGAGUAGUGUAAUUGGGUUGCAGAAGAGAGGGUUGAGGGGGUUGAUGGAGGGGAGGAGGUUGAGGGAGCGGACGGGGACGCAGGGAGGGCAGGGGUUGCAGGGUGUGCAGGGAGGUGUGCAAGGGCAGGGGGGGUUUGGGAGGAUUGGGUUGGGGAUUGCGGGGUCCUGA